AUGUCAGAAAAGGAAGAGCGACCUUCGCUCCGUCCGGUCGCGUUUGCCGCCGUCGUCUUCUCGACGGUUGCAUUGACAAGCUGCCUGCUUACAUUCCCAAUGAUACUGCACUAUGUUCAGACACUUGAAUCACAAGUACAACUCGAUCUGGAGUAUUGUCAGGCUCGAGCUCGAGACAUGUGGAAGGAGAUGCUGAACAUCGAGACCGGCGGCAAACGUGAUGUGGCAAAACUGGCGGACAUUGUCAUGACUCAUAGGAGACUGGAAAAGAGAGACACACUUGCUGAUUUCUGGGCACGCCGUCUUCACGAUCAGGAAUUGCGUGACGAACCAGUUGGAUAUGACACUCCAUCAGCAGCUGUUGAGGCAGCGGUGCAAGGUGGAGGCUGUACAUGCAACCGUGGACCUCCUGGACCACCUGGUGACCCUGGACGAGAUGGCAUGGACGGAUUGGACGGCAAUCCUGGUGAUAUCGGACCACCCGGCCCUCCUGCACCACCUGGCCCUGAUCCCGUGUCGCUGUUUCCACCUCAGUGUCCGUGCGAAGCACCUCCUGGAGAUCCAGGACCGAAGGGACAACAAGGACCAGACGGUCCUCCUGGUCCUCCCGGUGCUCCUGGUGAGGACGGAAAACCUGGAGAUCAAGGACCUCGUGGAAAUCCUGGAAUGCCUGGACCGCCAGGACCAACUGGACGCCCUGGUCCACCUGGAGAGCCUGGUACUUACAAGACGGAGAUCGGACCACCAGGAAGACCUGGUGCACCUGGUCGUCCAGGACCACCUGGUCAGCCUGGCCCACCCGGUUCGCCUGGUGAAGAUGGAAAACCUGGUGCACAAGGACCUCCAGGAAUGCCUGGACUCCUGGACGGAAAACCUGGAGAUCAAGGACCUCGUGGAAAUCCUGGAAUGCCUGGACCGCCAGGACCAACUGGACGCCCUGGUCCACCUGGAGAGCCUGGUACUUACAAGACGGAGAUCGGACCACCAGGAAGACCUGGUGCACCUGGUCGUCCAGGACCACCUGGUCAGCCUGGCCCACCCGGUUCGCCUGGUGAAGAUGGAAAACCUGGUGCACAAGGACCUCCAGGAAUGCCUGGACCUCCUGGACAACCUGGACAGAAUGGACCAGCUGGACCUCCAGGACAGCCUGGAGAGAACGGUGCUCCAGGAUCGUGCGAUCAUUGCCCUCCUGCGAGACUGGCACCUGGUUAUUAA